UUGUCGAACACCAUGCUUCACAGACUCGUAACGGAUUUGCUCGCGAAGUCGGCUCUUACCAAAUGGGAUCUACCAUUAAAAUUCUCCCACUCUUUUAAGUGUCACAGAGAGAGUUCUCAAACAGAUGGCUGUGAGAAUCGAGAGGUCUCCUCCGCGUAGUUCCCACGCCAUCGACUGAAGCUCCCGCUCUCCUCUAAUCCUCCAAUGGGCCGUGGUGGAGAAGAAGGAAGAGAGAGGAUCUGGAAUCCCUCGUACAGGAAACUAAGUUUCUUUUGUGUUUGAGGAGAAGGGUGGUUGGAAGACCGGGUUAGGAUUUUGAAGGAAAGGUGAAAUUUGGGUGAUAUUCUCCUGGAGACCAUUAUGGGUGACUCGACAGCAAUGACCAUCGAGUUUCUUCGUGCUAGGUUACUUUCUGAAAGGUCCAUAUCAAGAACUGCAAAGGAGAGAGCUGACCAAUUAGCUAAAAGGGUCAUGGAGUUGGAGGAACAGCUUAGGAUUAUUAUGAUCCAGAGGAAGAAAGCUGAGAAGGCUUCUGAAGAAGUUCUUGCCAUCCUAGAAGCUCAGGGGAUUGGUGAUUUCUCUGAGGUAACUGAUUCGAGCUCUGACCAAGAUGAAGUUCCUGGUGGUUUGAAAGUGCCUGAUGAUACUUUUAAAGAAGAUGAUACUUCCACAGCCUCCAAAAUGGAGAAGAGUGAAGUUGAGGAUGUACUGUCAGGUUUGGAGCUCGAAGUUAUUCCCUCUCAAGUUGGUGGCAUAUCAUGGAAAGGCCGAAGCAAUAGCCCAGAUUCUCAUGAGAAGCAGAAGGCAAAGCAAAUCAGGCAAAGACAGAGAUGGCGCAGUUUUAUGUCAACUGCUGGAUCUUCUCCAAAAUAUCACUUAGGCAAGUCGUGCCGCAAGAUAAAACGGAAGGAGAUCGGAUUAGCAGCAAGGGAUGAUAAAGACAAGCAUAUCCUUAAUGACACUCAUGAAAAGACAGUGGUUACAUGGUCAUACAUUAGUCAUGACCAGCCUCAUUCUAGAAAUGAGAUGGAAAACAUGUUUCCAGAUUCUUCAAUUCCAUUUCUUCUUAAUGAUAAAAAUGAAGAUACUGAUGCUGUUGGAAGUGGAGGAGGUGAAGAGAUGGAAAGAGCCCUAGAACAGCAGGCCCAGCUCAUUGGUCAGUAUCAGGCAGAGGAAAAUGCUCAGACAGAAUGGGAAAGAACAUACAAUGAGAACAAAUAUGUAGCCCUGGGCUUUUGUGAAUCUGGGAACCAGCUUCAAGUAACUGAACAUAGUGUAGAACCAAAAGAUAAAGACACUGAGCAUGUUGAUGAAAAACCAUAUUAUAAUGAAGAGGCAAAACCAGGAGUCGAAAAUUUUUCCACCAUAAAGGAACUGAAAGCUGAAAUUCUCUCCAAUGUCCACAUUCUUCAAAUCUCUCAUUAUACGGAUUUGGAAAAGACUUGUGGAAGCCAAGAAGCAACCACUGCAGCAUUCUCUGAUGGCUUUGUGAACACUGAUGUAAUAAGAGCUCCCAAUGGAAGUAAUACUCAUAUUUGCAGGGAUGACUUCUUGCAUCAACAAUGUGAUGAAGUGGCCUUGGGGGAAACUGCACGUCCUUCCAAAGGAAGCACUUUUACUAGCGCAAGGGAGAAGCAGAAACAAGAACUGAAAUAUGAGAACUCUAACAGUGGUGCUUCUAGCAAUCCAAAUCUAUUUCCACCUGGGCAUGUAAUUCUUGACAUACCAUCAAGUGGGAGCCCUUCCUCUGCAAGUUCUAGUAGCAAAAUCUCCAAAUGGGGAUCAUUGGAUAUUCAAAACGCAUCUGACAUGCAGUUGUCUCUGGCACCCAGCAGCAACUUUGGGGGUGUGUUGGAAGCUCUUAGGCAUGCUAAGGCAUUACUACACCAAGAAUUCAAGAAGUCAUCUCUGUCAAGUCAAGGCACCCUGGUUACUGCAGCACCAACAGAUUCAAAUUCUUGGGGAGAUAUAUCAGGUGAUGCUUUGAAAAUUCCAAUUGGUUCUGCUGGUCUGUUCAGAUUACCGACAGACUCAUAUCCCCAUGCUCACUUUGGAGGGCAUGAGAUUCAUGGUUCAAGAUUAAGGCUGGCUGCUACUAGUCCUUAUGUUAGAUAUGCCAGCAAUACGAAUAGUGACCAAUACCCAUUUACUUCCUUUAGAGAAGCCAGAUCUGGGGUUUCAGUGAACAAUCAGACUAUUGAUCCAUACCAUUUGGUUGCAGGAGUUCCUGCUUACAGUGUUUUUGGCCUUCCUUACACAGAUGUGAAAACUGAAAUGCCUGUUGAUUGCCGACACCCAACAGAGAGAGAAACCUGGUCCAACACGAUUUCAGUAACCCAGACAGAUGUGAGAUAUGGAAUACCUGCUGAUUAUCAAAGAUCUACAGGGAGACAGCCUUUGCCCAACAAGAUAUCAGAACCUCAUACAGAUGCGAGAAUUAGAAUGCCACCUGAGGAUCAAUAUUUGAUGCGCGGUCUGGACAUUACUCGCCGCAAUAUGCAAAUGUUGUAGCUAUUGCUGUACAAUGGUGUGCUAUCUGUCAGUAGGGAGAUUUCUUGGCCUCCCUUAUUCCCUCAUUUGUUAUAAUUUGGUUCUCUGAUAUUUAAUCAUUGUUUUACAUAUUGUAACAUAUAUAGAAGGCGCUUCUACAUUAGAAAAUGUUGAUGCCUCUUCCUUAUGCUCUGAUGCACUUGUGCAUUGGAAUAGGAAUCAGGUAUGGGCUUUCAAGUGGUUAUUGUUUGCUUUGCACCCUGAAUUGGUCACUAGUUAAAAGUCCUCACAUUUGAUGGGUGGUCUAUCUGGUAUAAGAUUUGCUGCAGUCUGAGCUCGUUAUGAUGUAACUCUUUCAUUUUCUGUAGAAGAAUGGCUAUCCAGAUUUCUCAGAUCA